AUGAAGAUGGAAAUUAUCAAUUCCUUAAAGGUAUUAGUUAAUAAAGAUAUAAAAGAUAAUUUCUGUAAUUACAACAAUAAGAAGGAUAUCACUAAUGAUAUUUCAAAUCUUAUUAAAAAUCACUUGAAAAGUUUAACUGCAAAUAAAUAUAAAAUUAUUGUUGAAAUUCUUCUAAAUGAAAACAAAGAACAAGGAAUUAACGUUUCUACUAGGUUAUUUUACAACAAGCAAUCUGAUUUCCUUUUUAAAGAAGUUAUUGAUAUUAUAACUCCAGAAAAAUAUUACAAAAUAUAUUAUAGUAUAAACGUGCGUAUAUAA